AUGGAAUGCAUGUCGGACUUCUUCUUGACCCUAAAUCACGACAUCAAGGUCUUCGAAGAGACUGAGGUCCGCGCUGCAGUUCAGUCUUAUAUCUACGGCCAACCGCCUCCGGGCAGCGGCUGGAAAAUGGCGCUGAAUGUCAUACUUCUGCACUCACUCCGCAAACGUGAUUGGACGAACCAAACCGGAGAGUAUGAGAAGUACUUGCAUAACGCUCUUGGCCUCAUCCCGAUCGCCAUCCUGCAAACGCCGGACCCACUUACGAUAGGCGCUCUUCUCUCACUCACGACCUACUUCGUCUUCACAGCCGAGAACCACGUCGCACUUUCGAUCCUCGCCAUUGCAGUCCAGUUUGUCCUCCUCGCUGGUUACCAUCAUUCCGACCACCCCACUCUCACGCCUGCCGAGACACUGCACCGCCGGCGUCUGUUUUGGCAAGCCUACGUCCUAGACCAUGACCUCAUGCUCAGGAUCGGGAAGCCACCUCUCAUCACGGACGACUUUCUCCUAGACAUACCAGAAGAGUACCCCCAAGACGGCUACGGCAUGUUCUUCUACCCCGGAGACGUCAUCCUGAACUACUUCCGUCAACAAGUGCGGCUUUCCCAGAUCCAGGGGCAGAUCUGCUCAAGGUUGUACUUCCGGAGCGGGCGCGCCGCUUCGACUUCCACGCUCGACGGCGAGAUCGCAAGCCUGGACGCCGAGUUGCAGGAGUGGCGGGACAGCAUCCCGGAGAUGAUCCGCCCGGAACCGUCGUCCGGCCUGAUUGACGCGGAUUACAGCCGGAUGAUGAGCCUGAGCGUGUUGCACUUUGUCUACUUUCAACUCGUUGUCGCCGUGCACUCGGCGGCGUUCCGGGUGCUCGACCAGGACGUCGAGAGCCUGCGGCCCAGUGUGGGCAUCUGCGUCAACGCGGCUCGCGGCGCGAUCUCGUUGCUGAACUACCAUCAGCUGCAGCACCCUUUUACCAUAUACCUGCUUUACCAGGUCGCCUGGUGCGUCGACAUCCUCUUUGUCAACAUUCUUGAGAACAAGACUUCGGCCCAAUCUCUUCAAGACCUCGAGCUUAUCAAGAUGGUUCUCAAAUUCUUCGAGGGGUACGACAUGAACCACCAGAGGGUCGCGUCAUAUCACAUCAUCAAGGCCCUGUACGAGGUGGCAUCGUCCGUGGUGGGAGGGGCACGGCCAGGCCUCACCGACGCUGCAACCCUGCCAGAACUACCAAGAAGCAGCGUGGGAAUGAGCGUCGGCGGCAGCAGUGACCUCGUCGACUCUAUGCCGACGCUUUCAAUGUCCGAUAUCGAUUUGGAUGGCUGGGAGGAGAUAUCCUUGGGCAGCCAUGACUGGCUUUCCGCUGGGUUCUUGCAGAUGGCCGAUUGGGGUCCUCCUAUGAACUCGGGAACCAAGUUGGAGCAGCCAGACGAGGAGUUCGGCUUGACUUGA